UAUUUUGUUUCCAAUUUAAUUUUGUGUUUCAAUAUGGAUUCAUUAGAGACUGAUGACCAACUUACAAUAGUAAAUCGUUCAUUGGAAUAUCAGAUUAGCAAAAAACUAAUUCGUAAAAUACCUUAUUUUGAAAACUUGUUGAGCCUGGAUUUGAAGGAAGCAAAGGAAAACAAAGUUGACCUGGACUUUGAUUCAAAGGCUUUUAAAUCAAUCUUCAAUUGGAUUGAAAUCGGAUGUAUCCUCAUGGAGAUGGAUUGUGUAAUAAAUCUGAGUAACAUAGCUGAUUAUUUUGGGAUAACUGAUGGUUUGAUAGACGAUUGCUUCACUUUUUUUCAUGAUAAUUUUUCAAUUGAGCAUCUACCCGUUAUUAUACCUCAAGUGACCUCAACAUCUAAUUUGAUAAAUUCUGGUGCUCUCAAUGCCUUCAUCUGUCGUUAUUUUUUGAAAAUUGUUAACACACCUACUUGGUUGGAUUAUCCUGUUGAAACGGUUGGAUACAUUUGUGUUCUGGAUUUGAUGGUUCAUUCAGAAUUUCAAGUUUUCGACGCGAUCAUGCGAUGGGUGAAUUUUACUGCUGAUUUUAGAAAGUGCUAUCUUAAAGAAUUGUUAAAGUUUGUCCGGUUAUGCCAUUUAGAGGAUAAAGAUUUAUCGAAGAUAAAAGAAAAUGAAGCUGUUAGCUCUUCAGACUUUGAACCAGAAUUAUGCUCUCGUAAUAAUUGUAAUUGUGGAAUCGACCGAACUAAACAAGGUUAUUUUAUCGUAAUUGAUGGAUUGCGCGACAAAAAUUUGCGAGUCAAAGUACUUGACGGUGACUUCUUUCCAUUUAUUAAUCAAGUAAUGCAAUCAGAUGAAUCAUUGCCUUUGAAUAUUUUCCAUGGUAAACAUUUUUCUGAUAUUCCAUUCCAUUCUGGAAGGAAAAUGGUACGAAUCGAUUGGAAGCAAAAUAAAUAUCGUUUGUUUGAUUUUUCAACUUAUAAAUCGUAUUAUCAUAAAAUUCAUCGAUGUAUUUUUGAUGAGCAAGAAGGUGAGAGUUCCAAUGUGGCGACUCGACAAUCUUGCGCAUCAUCAUAUGAUGUUUAUGAAGGUUCACUCCUCGAAACGGCCGAAAAGUUCAUUCUUGUUCGUAACGAGGAAUUCGACUUCAGAUGUUUGAAUAAUCCAUCCAUUCAAGAUGUUAAUUAUUAUUUCGAAUUGAACUAUAAACUUACUUACAUGGCAACUAUUUUGGAUAAUAAUAUUUACAUGCUGACACACAGUUUUGAAUUUUUCCAGUUCAAUAUUGAUGGUAAUCUCGAGUUUAAAAAGAUAGCACUUCCAAGGCUGCGAAAUAAAUUUAAAUUCAGUAAUUUACUUUUAACAUCUAAGCAAGCUGAUGAUGAUAGAGUUAUAUUUAUUGAUAGGACCACAAAGGAUAUUGUCUGUUUCAAUGUCAACACUCAAAGAUUGAAAUCAAUCGGUCGAAUCAUUGAUUGUAAAAGCAAAUCUACGGAUGGUCAAAAGGAAUCUAAUGCCCUUUUAACUUUCACCUUUGGAUUUGUAUCAACGGACUCGAUCAACCUGUGCCUAGAACGUAAAUUAACACAAUGAAAAACUUCCAUUUGACAUUAACCAAGAACUAUUGCUUGAUAUUCUUAUUAGUUUCAUUAAAUUUUAUUUAAACGUUUUUUUACUUAUUUACAUUAUUUCACUUCUUUUAUUCAUAGCCUUUUCCAUUGCAAUUUUCAAUUGAUAAGAUUGAAUUGGCUUUAAUGUAGUCCAGUCAGGCUGCAGUUUCAACGAGUAAACAAUUCUGUCACGGUCGAAAGUCGAUUCAAUCUUACAAAGAAUCAAUCGAAAACUGAUAAA